GAUAAACGCCUUCGUCGUCACCGCAGGUAGCUCCACCCAGACCCAGCUCACAGAUUCACCGCAGGUAGCUCUACCAUCCAGCUCGAGCCAGAAAGAGCACACAUACAUGGCGCACACGACGCAGCAGGAGCGGGACGCGACGACAAGGGAGCUGCUGCGGCAGCUGGUGGCGCUCAAGAGCACGGCGCGCACGCCGGUGCAGGAGGCGAUCUCCAGGGAGCUGCUGCAGCCGCUGCUGGAGUUUCACCCGCUGCUCGCCAGGACGACGGCGGUGAUCGAGAGGGGCGCCGCGGCGGUGGCGCGCGAGCAGGAGCUGCUGGCGGAGCUGGGGAUGGCGAUGCAGCUGCCGGAGUCGGCGUCGGUGCCGGAGCUCCGCGCGCGCCUGCUCAGGGAGGCCGGGCUCGCCGCCGUGGAGGCCGAGCUCGCCCUCAGGGAGACCAGGCUCGCCCUUAGGGAGCAGGAGACGCGGCUCGAUUUCUUGGAAUCCGUCUUGCAGUCCUGGGAAAGGACCGAACCGAGCCGGGAAGAAGCAGCGAACGCACCAUUAACCGCUACUCCCUCUAUAAAAUAAUAUAAGAGUGUUUAGAUCACUAAAAUAGUGAUCUAAACGCUUUUAUAUUAGUUUACGGAGAGAGUACUAGGUAGUUCAGACAUUGAGCGGGAGUCUGAACGUAGGACGUAGCAACAGCAGAAGCUAGUGUUAGAUCCAUCUUUCCUUUUUUUUUUAGUUGAGAUGUAAUGGAAUGGAAACAUCCCUGAAUGUCAUAACAAGGGAGCACCUAGUGAACAGUUAGAUGAAAA